AUGUUUAAAGGAAAGUCGGCCCUAAUUACAGGCGGAUCCUCGGGGAUUGGGAAAGCCAUUGCUAAUAAAUUAGCUGAAGAAGGUGCAUCAAUUACAUUAAUUGCACGAGAUCCGAUGCGUCUUCGAAAUGCAGCAGAACUUUUACCAACACCUUAUGAACAAAAGCAUCAUUACCAAUCUUUGGAUCUACUACAUUUGGUGGACCAGAGAAACCCAGGUCUUGUAACGAUGGAGAAGCUUUUGAAUAAACAAACGAUAUUGGUGAAUUGUGCAGGAAUCACCCAGUCCUCGCUUCUUCAACGAACAACACAGCAAAGUAUUAUGGAUAUCUUGAACUUGAAUCUCGCCAUACCUAUCCUUUUAAGUCAAUUGGCCAUCAAGCCCAUGCUUCGAAAUAAAAGCCAAAUGCCAUCGAUCUUGAACAUUGGCUCUAUUCUAUCAUACACACAUUUUAACGUGGCAGGAACUUCGGUAUAUAACGCUUCAAAGUCGGGGCUAUUGGGAUUCACGCAAAGUAUAGCUCAUGAAUUAAAAGGUCGUAUUCGCAUCAAUGCGUUAUUACCAGGAUUAGUACUGGACACAGGUAUGAGCGAACACGCACACAAACAUCUACAACCAGUUCUUGAAACACCAGUAGUUGCCGAGAAAGCUGUUAGUAUACUAAUGGACGAGAACAUGAAUGGGAAAUGUGUGGUGCUUAACUACGGAAUGAAGCCAUAA